CUGGCCAUGCAGUGUAAAGUCCUCGUCCAUGUCGUCCUCCUGGCACUCAUAAAGCAUGUGUCUACAAGUGAAGUCCAGUCCAGCCCAAACACAAACGCGACCCUCCCCUGCAAUGCGACGCUCCCUGUUCCUGUUAAAGGGGGCAAAAUAGACGAGUCUCUAAUUGCUGUCAGCUGGACAAGCAACGGCUCUGAUAUCGCCUCAUUUGGAAAAGCAGCAACGCAGAUAAAGGAGGGUUUCAGCUGGGACACCACUGGUUUCAUCAAUGGGGACUUUUCACUGAGCGUCCUUAAGGCCAGUCUUAACCUCCAGGGAGUGUAUGAAUGCACGGUCAGCUACGACUCCAAACUCCUGCACUCCAGCAACGUUACAUUCAGUAUCCUCGCCUCCCCGACUCUCUCUGUGCCUCAGCAGUGGGUGGUGUUAGAAACAGAGAGCCAGCUGCAGUGCCAAGCACAUGGUUUCUACCCUCCUCCUGUCUCUUUCUCCUGGACCAGAGACGGACGAGUGAUUCAGCCUCCCUACCAGGUGGAAGGAGAAAUUGCUCCAGAUGGCUAUUACGCGGCUGUGGACAACCUGACCUUCUACCCUUCGCGUGAGGACCAGAAUGCGACCUUUGGCUGCAUGGUGUCACACAGUGGCAGCGAUCAGGAGCUGGAUUUCCAACUCAACAUCACCUAUCUCUCAUCUGUUCGACUGUCUGUCGUGGCGCCAAGCUCCAAAGACAUCCCCCUCACUCUUUACUGUGACGUGGAGAGUUUCUACCCGGAAGAAGUGUCUGUGUCAUGGCUUCAAAAUGGCACCUCACUCCCCGAGCCUCCUGUCCCAGAGCAGAACCCAGAUGGAACCUACAGAACCAGACGUUACUACACUCUGAGCCCCGAGCAGAGAGGCCGAGGAGGGAAGGUGGAGUGCGCGGUAAACCAACCUGGGGCGCUGCAUCCCGUCCGGGGCUCAGCGUACCUGGACAAACUGGAUCCUCAAGAUGAGGCUCCAGUGUUGACCAAAUCAGCCAAAGCUUCUGUGGCUAUGAUGUGCAUUUCGAUAGUGCUGGUGUUCUUGCUGUGCUUCGGCUUUUCUUGGAGGAGAAGAGAUGAGAAACAGAAGUCCCUCAACGUGUCGGGGAUCAUCCUCCCUCCUCGGGUGAUCGUAGGUCAAAAGGGCCGAGUGUCGCUGAGCAUCGAGGGCAGGAGGGUGGACCGAGUCCAGACUGUGUGGUUCCUCAAUGACAACCCCAUCUCUGACACCUCAAUCACAGCAUCAGAGAAAGGUCCUCUCCUGGCCUCCAGAGGCGAGCUGGGAUACUACAAGCUGCACACUCAGGGGCCGCUGCACUCGUCUGGCAACGGCAUCCAGCAGCUGAUCUCCUCGCUCACCUUCAUCCCCCAGAUUUCCAUUCACAAGGGCGCCGUGUUCAAGUGUCAGGUGUCCUACAUGGGCAAGGACAAGAUCGUGGAGGAGAGGGUGUCGGAGAAGUUUACUAUUCUCUCUCCUCCAGAGGUGUCAGAAAUACAGCUGGCAGAGACGCAGAGUGACUCAGAUGUCAUCAGCAUGACAGUCCGAGCGACACAUUUCCAUCCAGAUGUCAUCACCUUCCGCUGGUUCUGUCAGGGCGGCGAGCUCAGCCCCGUGGCGUCCCAGGCCUCGUCCUCCCCUCGUCCAAACUCUGAGGGAUACUUUUCAGCCUUCAGCCAGUGCAAGCUUCCCCGAAGUGAACUGGAAAGAGGAGCAGCUAAAGUGUGGGUCAGCGUUCACCACAUAGCCCUGAAGCAGCCGGUGUUCCGAGAGACCAGAGGCUUCAUCAAGAGGCCGUCUGUGUCCGACAUCGUCAGCUCCACUUGCUCCUCGGAUCAGAUUUCGACUCUGGGAUGUGAGAUCAUGGAUUUCUACCCUCCGAACAUAUCCGUCACUUGGCUGAAGCUCAGAGAGGGAGAGCAGGAUGACAGAGAGGAGGAGGUGAUAGAGGGAGGAGAGAUGUGGGGUCCUAUCCAGACUCAAACCAGACUCUACAGGGCGACGGCCACUCUGAAGAGGAGGGCAACCAACCAGGAGAAAAAGGACAGAAGAGGAGGGAUUAUUUGCAGAGUGGAGCACUGUUCCCUACAAGAACCUAUUGUCAGACACUGGAGAAAUGGUGACAUCGCUGCCCCCUCCAUCCCUCCCUCCAUCUCGGUGUGUUGGAGCAGCGAAGGCGUCGGCGUGUUCUCUCUCCUGCUGAAGGGAGGUCACCCGAAGGUCAAACUACUGUGGGCAGCAGGAGGGGCGACGCUCUCACCGCUGGUGUCCAGUGAGACCGAGGAGAUCGGAGACGACGGACAGAGAGAGCUGAAAAGCGUGUGCGCCCUGGAGAGGUCAACGGGUCUGCCGAGUCCCACCAGCAAACAGCCGGAGAGACGCAAGAACGGACACGCAAUAAAAACGAAAGCAGCAGUCACAGACCCCGACGCCGAAGGAAUAGAGUACAUUGACGAAAAAGUGGACGGAGAGAAUAACAACAUUGAAAGGGAGGAGGAGACGCUGUCGACGCUGUCGGAGCUGGACGAGGACAGCGACAAAGAAGGAGAGGACGACCCAGGAGCGCUGCACAUCAACAGGGUCAACUUGAGGAGGGCUCCCAGGGAGAGCGAGAGGGCGCGUCUGAGAGUCUGCGUGGAGAUCACACACCCGGCACUCAGAGUUCCUGUUUAUCGAACCUGGACAGGAUCAGAGAAGCGACGAGGAAGGAGAGCGAGCAUGGACCCCGACAGCCCUUUAACCAGGGUGGAGAGGACUCUGUGGAGCGUCUGGACCUAUUUAACUGGAGCUGUGAACAGAUUCUUCAGGCCGCAGCCAGCUAACACCGUCUACAAUGACCCAAACUCCUUCCAGGAAUCUGCAGUUGACAGAGAAUCUCCUAAUUGCGGACCUGCUGAGCGUGACACCGGCGGAGGGGGAGCCGAUGAGGAACAGCCUCUUGCGACAGCCUCUCAGCUUGGCUCAUCUCGGCCAGUUGUUGUCUGGGAACUUCCCACCACAGACAUCGACUUGAAGCCCGAUGAAGAAAGCGUGCGGUACAAAGCGCGGCCGAGUAGAAGCAGCGAGGGGGAAGAAUCUUCAGACGCUGAGGGCACGAGAGGCGAUGCUGAAGAUGCAAGAGCCAAAGAACAAGAAAAACCGGAGAUCGAAAAAUGUUGUGCACGAGAUGAGACUCCACAGGAUGAUGAACGACAUGUGAGAACUGGGUCACGAAUUCUUAGAGAUGAUGCCGUGAGUGAAGACGUGGAGAAAAGUGACGGAACAGGUGGUGAUGAGGAAGAGACUGUGAGUACAGCAACACCAGGUGAACAUCAGGAAAUAGAAGAAACAGUGACAAAGAUCCACGUAUGGGAAGAAGAAGGUGAAGACAUGGAGAAAAGUGGAGGAAGAGCUGGUUAUGAGGAGGAGAGUGUGAGUACAGCAGCACCAGAUGAACAUCAGGAAAUAGAAGAAACAGUGACAAAGAUCCAAGUAGGGGAAGAAGGUGCAGAUAUGGAGGAAAGUGGAGGAAGAGCUGGUUAUGAGGAGGGGACUGUGAGUACAGCAGCACCAGGUGAACAUCAGGAAAUAGAAGAAACAGUGACAAAGAUCCACGUAGGGGAAGAAGAAGGUGAAAUGCACCACGAAGAUGAACAAGAUGACACUGAGGUGAAACUGUGCACAAUGAUGGAUUCACGUCCAGAAGAGGAGGAUGAAAUGCUCCGAGGAGAGGCAGGGAUGCAGAAGGACGAUGCAGCUCCAGUCAUGACAGAAGAAGAAGCAGAAGUCUGUGAUGUUGUGUUACAGCUGGUCACUGAAAAUAAGUCGGAUGAGGAAACAAAACAAGAUGAAAAUCAGCUCAUGGUCUCUCAAGUGGUGUCAGAUGUGUCGGAUGAUGAGCUAGUUGCUGUUGGUAAAAGAGAAAGUGAUGAAUGUGAGGACGAGGGAGCGAAGCAGGAUGAGAGGGAGCAGGGUGCCAUCGAGGAAGAGCCUAACAAUGAGGCUGCAGUCAACCAGACAACAGAUGAAGUGCCAGAGCAGGAAGAGAUCAUCAGAACGGUCACAGACGACAGUCAGGUAGAGAACAUUCUAACAGUUACAUGCAGGGAAGAAGCUGUGCAAAACACUGAAACAUGGCAGCACCCAGCUGAUCUGACAGAUGAAGAAGAAGAAGAGGAAGAAGAAGAAGAGGAUGUGGCGUUUACAGAAGUGCAAACCAAAACAAGAGAGGCAGAUGUGGCGAUAACAUGCAUUUCAUUAGAUGAUAAGGGUCAAGCACAAGAGGAGAGGCUCUCCAGUGAAGCGGGUAACAGAGACAUGGAAAUAGCAUUUACAAGCACCCCAGUUACCGUAAAACCCGAAGGCGAGACGGGACAGGAAGUAAGGGGAGAGCUGGGAAAUAUUCCCCCAGGGAUAAGCGAAGGCCAGGUUGUUGUGUCGCAGGAGCUAAAUACUCCAACAUGCGAGGAAACGCAAGAGGGAGUUCCUGGAUACAACAAUGAGCUCGGGCCAGAUGAAAACACAACACAAAGGUUCCUGGAAGUAGGAGAUUACGAGGAAACACAGACCACUCAGUUACCAGAAGAGGUGGAGGGCGAAGAGCAGGAGAGCCUUCAAAACCGGAGCACAGGAGCUGACUGUUCACAGGCGACGGAGCCUAUGGAAGAGAAACAAGAAGGAACCGAAGAUCCUGAAACAAGCUUUAAUUUCUCUGUGGAGGAGCACACUGGAAUACAGCACCUUACUGAUACUGGAUUGACACAAGAAACGGAGAAACCGCUUGCUGAAGGAGUAAUUCAAGAGUUAGGACACUUAUUCGGAGGAGAAGGAGGAAAAUUACUGGAGAGCUCAAUGAAGACGGAGAUCAAACACAUCAGCUUCACAGAGGAGACGGAUUCAGCGACAGAAGAGCUUCAAGAUGUGACUGAAGAGCUGUUGGUUGAUUUUGGAAUAGAUGGAGGGGUGUGUGAUUCCAAAGAAGCUGCGAGAGACGGAGCUGUAGCAGCAGAUGAAGCAAUCUGGUUUGCUGAUGAAAGUUCAGAACUCCUUGAGGCCGAGCUGCAAAAGAUGACAGAGACGAUCUUCUCUCAGGAAUCUGUACAUGAUGCACAUACAGAGCAAAACAGCAGCAGGAUCCCCAGUUUACUAGAAGACAUAAAUGAAUUUGAAUUCCUGAAACCCUUAGUUGAGAUUGAGCCUAAUUUACUUGAUGAUAGUAGUUUAGAAAUGUAUGAUGCAGGGAUAGAUGUGGAAGAAAAAGGUCACGGGGAAGAGGAGGAGGAAGCUGAAGAUGAGAUGCACCUAGAAGCAGGAACGGCAGCUGAGCUAAUCACAGAAAUGAAAGAAAAAAGAACUGAUCUGAUCACAGAAUCUGAAUUCUCUCAACACUUGGAGACGAGAAAUCAAUCACCGGACAGAGCACUUGAGAUAAGUAUGGAGGAGAUGAUAGCCGAAGCAGCUGAUGAAUCAAAGACAGCUGAGCUCAAACCAAAAGAUUCCUCAACAGAGGAAACAGCAAAACAUGAGACGGAUUCAGAGGGAAGCUACUCAGAAGAAACAAGCAACUCAAUCAGCGGACACCAAGAUGUGAUUGAUGAAGAAAUCCUCGACUUGUGGAUCGAGACGGCGAUGUCAGAGGACGCUGAUGGGAGAGAACAAGAAGAAGAGCCUGAGCCAGAACAACACAUGGACACUGAAAUAGAGCCAUUGAAUGAGGAGCAAGGCGACAUAACAUCAGCGAAGGAGGAAGAGCAGCUCGUGGAGUCAAAUCCAGCAGAAUCUCAAUUAGCAAGCGACACAGAAAUGUCUUCAUCAACUGUAGAGUCUGGAUUUUUAACCCAGUCUCUCAGUGAGUGGGACGCUCAAAGCAGCGAAACUCGGCUACUGAGAUCGGAGAGCGCUGGCUCGCUUCAAGGCAUACAGGACAUGUUGGUUGGUAUGUCAGAAUCAGCAGACAUCUCUGAAUUCUCUGCAUCGCCGGCAAACUCUGAAUCCAAGGAUGCAUCGAUAGAGGAAACAGCAGAGGGAGUGCCGUCUCACUUAAAAGAGGAGACACGAUUUUACCCAGAUUCUAGAGCUACAUCACCAAAUGAGAGUAAUCUAAAUCAGGAAUCUGAUGAAUCACAAGAAAAAACUGAUGAAGAAACAGUUGAAACAGAAAGUAGAUCACAGAAGGAGAUUGAUAUCGAGGUGACAAACAAAGGAGAGAAGACUGACUGGAAAGACAGUGAAUCAAUGACGAAAACAGCCGUUUUUUUCCAACUUGAAGAAACAAAAUUUGAAGCGGAGCCUCCCAAGAUGACAGUUUCUGGCUCUCCAGAUGAAAUCAAACACACUGAGUCUGGAAGUGACUCUGAAGCUUCAUUAGAGGAGGAAAUCUCCUCAAUGGAGCUUGAUUUAAAAGACGAGUUGCCCUCACCGGAAGAACCGCAGCCCGGAUGGUCGGAAGCAGAAUCACUGUCUGAGUUAAAGGUGGCAGAAGAACCAUUCACCAAGUCUGAAGAUCGGGAUCAGGUGGUUGCUCCGCUGCUGGAUUUCACUGUGCAAAGGUCACGAAUUGCUGUGAAAAACCCUCGUGUGCGGCCUCCCAAAGAUCCCCGCUCCCUGCUUCAUAUGCCCUCAGUGGAGCCCACUCCCUCUGCACAUGUGCCAGUCAAAGCCCCUAUAGGUGUGCCGUUAGGAGGUCUGGGAAUCGGAAUAAAACUGCCAGGGCUUGGUGCAGGUUUUCCUGUCUUAAAAAAGACAAAGCGGGUCGUGAGAGAAGAAAACAGCCAGGAAACCCUCUCACAGCAGGAACCUGAAGCAAAGCCAGAGGAGAAGAGUGAUGCUCUCCAACAGGUUGAGGCACAACCCAAACCUAAAUGGACGCCACCGAGACACCCAGGAUUUGGAAAUCCACUCAUGUCUGAGCUGAAGACCAAACUGAAGAAAACCACACAGGAGUGAAAAGAUUACUAAGUAAUUAUUUUGUGUAAAUGUCUGAAUAAAAUAUAAAAAUGGCUUUAUUUUUGUUGAUCAAACUGAAUAUAUUGCUAAACUUUUCAUUGUGUCAAUUAUUUGCCCAGUGUUUAAUUUUUAUAAUAAAGCAUACCUGAAAAGGAA